AUGCGGCUGCUUUGGUUGAGGGCUCAAAAGGGGUGCAGUUUUGGGCCCGUCGGCGGGCGUGAGCGCGGAGGCUCGCACGCCCGACGCCGGCUGCGGGCAGCGAUGGGGAAGAAGGCCGCCCCGAAGGCCGCCAAGCCGGACAAGGAGGAGGCCGAGGACGCCCCCGAGGGGGAGGGCGGCGGCGGAGCGGUGUGGGUCUGUUCGGGCUGCGAGCAGGAGAACGGCCCCGAGGAGGCCGUCUGCGUCGCGUGCGAGGAGCCGCGCCCCGUGGUGGCGGACGCCAAGUUCGAGAACUUCGUGGUCGGCGUCGUCAGAAGCUGCGAGGCGGUGCCCAAGAAGGAUAAGCUGAGGCAGCUGGAGGUGGACGUGGGCGAGGACUCGCCGCUGAAGAUAGUGACCAACGCGGGCAACGUCAAGGAGGGCUCCCGGGUGGUCGUCGCCAAGGUGGGCCCGUAG